GUAGACGGAGGGACUGGACUGGGACAGGAUCGGAUGGGCGAUAGCUGUGCCCGUACUUUGUAUAUACUUUGAUGGCAUCGAAUAUCAGGAGCUAUCUGGUCUGAUAUCAGAUCCAAUGAUACAAUCAGUACAUCCUGCAGGACUCUAUCAACCCGGAAAUCCUCCCAGCAGAUACAAAUCCAACUUGGAACUCCAACACUAACGCUCUGUUCCUUUUUUCCCCUUUCCUGGCCCUUUUCCUUUUCCUUUUCCCUCCUCAAUCCCUUCCUUCUUCCUCUUUUCUCUUUCCUUCUCUCUCUCCUCCUCCUCUCCUCUUCUAAUUCCAUCCCCCCUCCCUUCAUUUUCAUCUCCUCCUCUUGUUUUCUCGGCCCGAAUCAUCUGGCCAUCUUAACCGGUUCUAUUUUCGUGUUCCUGUCUCCGCAUCCGCACCGUUUCAUCUCUCCCCAUUCGAUCGAUCCUGAGUUUCUUAUUUUCGUGAUUUUCCCCCCGACUUUUCUUCUGGUGAUACCACCAACUUUGGCAACCUGAACCUGCCAACGCAUCCACCCUCCACGCCCUCCAGUGGGAGGACUUCGAUGCGUAUUCCCUAAUUCAAAACUUCAUCCACUGGAACUCCAUACAUCUUGCCUCAAUUUCUCAUUGACUACUGCCAUGUCCACGGAGGAAUCAGGCAUGCCGAAAGAAGAAGUGCCGCCCGUAGAGGUGGUUGGGUCCAGACGUGCCUCUGCAGCCAGACGGUCGCGUCGCAAGAAGGACGACGAUACCACCACUUCUGCCACCAAUACCCCCGACACUCGAGCCAAGAAGAAGGAAGACAAGGAGAAGGAAAAAGAAAAAGAAAAACCCACUCGUGCCCCUCGUCGUCCUCGUGAAAAGUCCUCCGCAACGGCUGCUUCACGAAAGAAGCCAAAGCUGGAGCAAUCGGGUGACGAGGCCACGGGCCCUGCUGUUGUUGUUGCUGCUGCUGCUGCUGCUGCUGCUGCUACUCCCACGCCAACGCCCACGCCCGCAGCUGCUCCUCCUUCAGCUCCAACGCCUCCUGCGCCGACUCCUCCAGCUCCGGCCGAUCCCAGUCCCCCUCCACAGACAGCUCCAACUCCCCCUCAACCGACACCUGCUGCUUCUUACAAGCUCAGCCCGCGCCCCUCUCCCGCGGACCCUCGUUACACUAUUACACAAGACUACCCGUCGCGACCACAAUCACAACCUCCGCCCCUCCAACCGAGCCAAGCACCCCCAGUGCCCGCACCGGCUCCAACGCCCGCUCCUCCGCGCACCAGUGGUCGCAAUUUCGACCCAAUUCGCUCGGCGUUCGAUAACCCCUCGCCAGCGCCAGCUUAUAGUCCUCCGCAGACUGUUUCGCCGCGCGCUAGUUACCGCGCCAGUGCUUCUCCUGCGAUUUCCAGCAUCAUUGACCCUCCGUCCCACACACAACCCACCUAUCCUCACCCACCUCGCUCCUCCUCCGCUCAUGUCUCGGCCGUUUCCUCCCCGGCGCCGCCUCCUAUGGCGCAUACACCUACCCACCCUGCCCUAGCUCCCUCGCCCAUUCCUGCCUCACCCUCUCACGGAGCUGUUCACACCCCUCAACAGCUGUCGCAUACUACCUCUCACUAUCCUCUUUAUAGCGAGCAGCGUCCGUUUCCUUCGCAGCCACCUCAACUCGAGCUCUCGCCACCAGCCUUGCAACAGCAACCGCCGGCGCAAUCGCAAUCCAAUGUCCCAGCUCAAGGGCCUGUCGAGCCUCCAGCUCAAGCGGCCACCCCCCAGCGGCCGACUCAGCAGCCAGAUGCUAUGGAAAUUGACUCGAAGGAGCCAGCGGCAUCAGCCAAGAAAGAAAAGGGCACGGCUACUGCCCCCUCUUCGAAACCAGCCUCUCCCAAACCCGCUCGCGCAGCCAAGGAACCACCUAAGAUCCCACAAGGAUCAGGGCUGAUCACGAAUGCGCUCUUUGGUGGAGUCGAUGAAUCUUCCAAGUCCGACACGCGCACCGUCCCGAAUAUCAUCGUACAUGUGCCUUUGCAAAAGGGUAACCAGAUCGUCAAUUUUGCGCAGCUGGCGGAAGAGCAGUAUGGCUUCGCAGCACUGCAUCCUCGCUUAGCUGCGCACAAGGAGCGUCUCGCGCGUGUAGCCGCUGCUGGCGCCGCACUCGAGCGUAAUGAUAAGGGUCUCAAGGGUAUCUCGGCCGGCGAGAGCGCGGAUGAGGAUCUGAGUCUUGAUGUCGAUCGCGACAGUGAUCUAGAUGGCGAUAUUUCUAUGGGCGGUGCGGGCACUGGCACCAAUGGUGUCCAGUCGGAGGCGAGCGAGGGAAAGAAGAAGCGCCGUAAGAAGGUUGAGGAGUAUGAUCGCGAUGAUCCCUUCGUUGACGACAGUGAGAUGGCGUGGCAGGAACAGGCUGCCGCUAGUAAAGACGGGUUUUUCGUCUAUAGUGGUCCCCUUGUGCCCGAGGGCGAGAAGGUCCAGGUGGAACGUGCGGACGGUACAAUCAAACGUGGCCGAGGCCGUGGCAGAGGAACAGGUCGAGCUCGCUCCCUCGCUUCCCACCCCCACGUUCCAAUCGCCGCUGCAGUCCCCAUCUCUCAGGAGACGGGCCUGCCAUUGCGAGGACCUGGCUCACGUGGUGGAACCUCACGCCGCGGCCGAGGUGCAAAGAAAGCCGACGCCUCGGAGAAACACACCGAUCGCUCUGGCACAUCAGCCUCGACAACCCACGAAGGUCGAGGUGGACGUGGUGGCGGUGCGGCAGCAGGUCGUGGCGGUUCGUCCUCUCGUGGUGGGAAGAGUUCCGUGCUGUCGAUGCUGGACAUCGCACCCGCUCCCGGGCCACAAGCUCCUACGGGAAAUCUUGCGCCAGCACCGGGUCCGAGUCCACUUGCUGGACCAGAACUAGUCAUGAAAUGAGCGUGCCGAGUGUGCUGGGUCAUUCAUCAUUCGAUUCACGUUGUGUCUGUGGUCUGGUUGGGGUUUAUAUUGUGCCGGGCGUGUGUCUUUUCUAUUUUUUUUUCUUUUAUUUCUACCUGGUAUCUCGCUUCCCUUGCUUCUUCAUCAAUAAUGGCUGGCUGGGCGUCAAGUGUGAUCAUAUCUGCGUUAUUGACCCGUGCUUUUCCCGGUACACGAUUUGGAAUAUCACCGUGUCUCUGGGGGUUACUUUAUCUUGCUCUAUAUGUUCUAUUCGAGCUCUGUGAGGUGGAAGUCGGAACUAUCCAGGUUCAGGACUUGGACUUAUGGGGCUGCAUUCAUUUGCGUUUGUAUCUAUAUGAGAACCUCUCUCAUACACGUAUUCAAUGUCUGAUGUCUGAUGAGAAUCUUUUGGAGUCAUGUAGAUGGGAUUUCCGUUUUUAGCGUGGAAGUAGACUUGCAUAGAUGGAACCUGG